AUGACUGAGAAGACUAUCACAACCACCGUUGCCCUUUUGUGUCUGUACGGUUUCUUCAAAGACAUGCGACCCGCUGUACCCUUCUUGACACCUUUCUUAAGAAGUGACCUUAAGAAUUACACCGCUGAAAAAGUGAACAACGAAAUCUAUCCAAUCCUGAGCUACUCCUGGAUGGCAUCCCUGUUUCUGGUGUUGCUGAUCGCGGACUUUGUACGAUACAAGCCGGUACUCGUGGUGGGAGGGGCGAGCUACGUGGCGACAUCCGUGUUGUGGCUGUGGGGUGAAAGGUUAGAGGUUAUGCAGAUCGCACAAGUUGUGUAUGGCCUGGCCACAGCUACAGAAACUGUGUAUUUCUCAUACAUAUACGUCAUCGUGGAGGAUGAUUAUUACCAGAAAGCAACUGGAUACGUCAGGUGCACUACGCUGUUGGGGCAGUUUCUGGCCUCGACUAUUUCGCAGAUCGUGAUUUCUUUCGAUAAAACUGACUACCUUUUAUUGCACUACAUCACUCUUGGUAGCGUGUCUGUAUCUUUUCUUCUCAGCGUAUUUUUGCCUCCGUCUAAAAAGUCACUAAUGUCCCAAAAAACAACUAUGUCACAAACUGAUCUUUGCAGAGGGCAUAAUGAAUAUAAACAUUCAAUCUCACGAUUUAACAACUUUUUCCAAGACUUGAAAACAUGUUACAAUAAUCGGAAAAUUAUUGUUUGGUCACUUUGGUGGGCUCUUGCGACAUGUGGCAAUAACCUUGAAGUAACGAACGUCCAAAACCUCUGGUAUGUCAUCGAACCGGCGUCUGCGAACGGUGGGCUCAAUAACGGCAUCGCUGAGGCCAUUACAACUUUAUUAGGAGCAUUGGUGUCGUUUUCCGUCGGUUACAUGAAGUUGAACUGGUCCGUGUUUGGUGAACUGACGCUAGGAGUUAUGUCAGUGGCAGAAGCCAUCUUAUUGAUUACCAUGGCAACGACAAAGAACAUCUGGGUCUGCUAUGGCUGCGGAGUUCUUUUCAAAAUAUCCUACUAUAUGCUAAUAACAGUAGCAAGUUUCCAAGUCGCACGUCUACUAAGUGUUGGCCGCUACGCUUUGGUUUUCGGUUGUAACAACCUUCUAGCACUGACCCUACAAGCCGCCAUAGUAGCAGUUGUUGUGGAUAAGGACACGCUCAAUACCGGCAUACGUGCACAGUUUCUGAUUUACGGAGGCUAUUUCUACAUGCUUGCUGCAGUAUUCCUUAUCAAAGCGGUUUACACGUUGACAGUUGAAGGCUGGAGUGACAGCUGGGCUAAGCGAUGGACAGAUUAG